AUGGCGAUGGUGAUCACAGAUGCCACAGAUAAAGACAUGUCCAGGUUUAAAACUGUCUUCACCUUGGUAGCCUCCGGAUUAGAGUGCAUCACUGGCAUCAUUGGGAACGGCUUCAUCACAGCCAUCCAUGGGGCCGAGUGGGCCAGAGGCAAAAGACUCCCUGUUGGUGACUGCAUUCUCUUGAUGCUGAGCUUUUCCAGGCUCUUGCUACAAAUUUGGAUAAUGCUAGAGAAUACUUACAGUCUACUAUUCCAGGUCAUUUAUAAACAAAACACAGUGUAUAUACUUUUCAAAGUCAUCAUCAUGUUUCUGAACUAUUCCAACCUCUGGCUUGCUGCCUGGCUCAAUGUCUUCUAUUGUCUUAGAAUUGCAAACUUUACUCACCCUUUGUUCUCCAUGAUGAAGAGGAAAAUCAUGGUGCUGAUGCCUUGGCUUCUGAGGCUGUCACUGUUCAUCUCCGUAUGCUUCAGCUUUCCCUUCUUUAAAGAUAUCUUCAAUGUGUACGUGAAUAGUUCCAUUCCUAUGCCCUCCUCCAACUCCACUGAGAAGUACUUCACUGAGACCAAUGUCUUCAACCUGCUUCUUCUCUAUUACCUGGGGAUCCUCAUUCCUCUGAUCAUGUUCAUCCUUGCAGCCACCCUGCUGAUCAUCUCUCUCAAGAGACACAUCCUACACAUGGAAAGCAAUGCCACUGGCUUCAGAGACCCCAGCAUGGAAGCUCACAUGGGGGCCAUCAAAGCUAUCAGCUACUUUCUCAUCCUCUACACUUUCAAUGCAGUUGCUCUAUUUCUUGCUAUGUCCAACAUCUUUGCUGUCAACAGUUCCUGGAAUAUUUUGUGCAAAAUCAUCGUGGCUGCCUACCCAGCUGGCCACUCAGUGCUACUGAUCUUGGGAAAUCCUAGGCUGAGAAGAGCCUGGAAGCGGUUUCAGCACCAAGUUCAUCUUUACCUAUAUGGGCAGACUCUGUGA